GCGAAAAGUUACACCCGACACUACAAUAACUGGGAUAUUCUGGCAAUGUAACAAUUGCUCCGAACGAUUUCAUAAUAUGAGUGGACUAAAGUUACAUAUGGAAGCGAUCUGUACGAAGAUAAAUUUGAGAAAAUCAACAAAAACAGUUAAAAAGCGUGCAAAAAAUGAGCCAAUUGUCACUAAAAUUACUUUAUCGGACAAUCCAGUAUCAAGAGCUAAGCUCUUAGAAAGCUUGACAUCAAAAUCUAAGCCAAAAGCGACGAAACCAACAAAAACAACAACUCGUAAACGCCGCACAAGUCAACAAGAAAGAAAAACGAAGAAAGAAAAGUCAGAAUCGAACGAAGACGAGCCGGAAGAUCGAAAAUGCUUCUGGCCGUGUAUACAGUGUCCCCAAAUAUUCUCUUCUCCAGCUCUACUUGAAGAUCAUCUUGCGAAAUGUAUAGCCAUUAAGCUUGAUCCGUGCAUCCCCUACCAGAAACAGGUAAAGAAGAAAUCACCUGUUUAUGAAGAAGACGAUGCUAGUUAUGGCGAUGACGAACUCUACUAUUUCGACGAGUAUAAGAACUGUCAUAUCUGUUCAAGGUGUUUCGGAGAGUUCGACUCAGAAUCCGCAAUCGAGGAGCAUAUAAAGGAACAUCCAAUAUUUGUAUGUCAUGUAUGCGAAAAGCUGUUUAAAUCUGUAGUUAGUUUGGGAUAUCACAGCGAAGAACACGACAGCCUACAUAAUAUGACUUGCCCUUGUUGCGCUUUCCAGACUACAUCGAGGUUUACCUUGGCAAGUCAUAUAAAGGACGACCAUUCUGAUAUUCUUAAGAAAGAUGAGAUACUGAAGGUCAGUCUCAAAUGUGUCGUGUGUAGUAAACUGUUUUAUCAACAGUCGAAGCUGCUUAAACACCAAAUUAUUAAACACAGGCCUGUCAUAAAGGCCGAACCUUCCAUGGGAGGCAUUUUGAAAGUUCCAAAAGCCAAAACGAGUACCAGUCCAAGAGUUUUUCUUUGCGAGACGUGCGGGAAGAAUUUCACAUCGAAAUAUCGGUUAGUUAGACACAUUAACGCUAUGCACCAAGGUAUUAAACCGUACAAUUGUCGUUACUGCGGUAGGGCCUUUACUGGAAAGGACACCAUGAAGAAGCACGAAAGAAUACAUACUGGUGAAAAACCUUAUUCUUGCGAAUACUGCGGAAGAUGUUUUAGACAGCCUGGACCGUUCGCUGUCCACCUCAGAAUUCAUACUGGCGAACGACCGUACGUUUGCAAGUUCUGCAAAAAAGGUUUUAUCACUAAUCAAAGUAAAAAAGUUCAUAUGAAUAAUUGUGGCAGGGAAAUGUCCUUUUUGAAUAUUCUAUGUUAAAUAUUUAAUUUUAAGUUUGUUUUUAAUUUUAAGUUUGUGAAAUAAAGUUUUGACUUCUUUCUUGAUUUAAAGUCGAACGUAUUGUAGUUAAGUCUUUUUUUUUAAUAAGUUUCUGUCAAUUUUCAUAAAACCCCUUCAUACUAAGAAAAACUUCUACUAAGACUGUGCACCAAUGGGUCGUCUCAAACUCGAAGCGCAAGCGUCUCGAACUCUACUUCCUACGUAAAUAAUAGUAGGUCCACGAAGGGGCCGCAUAUUCGGAAUGCGUCGACACAUUGCUGCUCGGGAUAGUUCGGGUGCUACAUAAAGUACCAACGUAUUAGACUAAUACGUCGGCGAUUUACCAUGCGCUCAAAAUAUUGUUUCUUUCUUCGCAAGUUUGUAAAUCGGAUUAAUUUGAUUUGCGUCUGUAAUGCAUUUCGAGCAGAUUGCUAAUUCAAAAACAUGGAUUUUAAGACAUUACCAGAUGUACCUGAUAAAUAAAUAGUCUCCAAUAAACUGAGGUUGCAGAUUACUGAUAAAAACAGAUUUUAGGUAUGUUGCUUUUUGCAGAGAAAUUAAAUAACAGUAAUGUUAUUAAUAUAUCAUUAAUAAAAAAUAAAUAGUAAUAGCGCAGAUAAAUGCUUUUGUUUACACUGCGCAAAACUAUUAUGCGCUUUCAUGUGAAUGCUAGAUAUACCAUACGAUCGCAAAAAUGGCGUCGAGCUGGCUUGGAAAUAAAGAUACCUGUCAUUUUGUAUGUAAAAUUAUAUAAGGAAUGUCAAUGAUGUCAUUUCCAAACCAACUAGACGCUGUUUUUUUCGAUCAUACGGUACUUGCGAUAAGUCUUGAAACUUAACUUACCCUUUAUUAAGGCUCCAAUCAUUCUAUUAUCGGCAUGGAAGCUUAAAACUCGUUAGCCAGUAAAUUUUAGUUUAUUUUUAUCUUAUUAUAGAAUGGAUAACUGCCUUGAUAAAUGUUAGAAGAGAAAUUUUUGAAAGAGUUUCAAGAACAUUUUAAGAUUGGCUCUGAGACUACGUCUAAUAAGCAUUUAAGAGAUUUUAUCACUGCCAUUUUGAUGGCAAACAAAAGAAAAAUAGGGAAGCGAGCCGCAAAAUAACUUCGCGAAAUAUAGACUGUCCAGUAAAAUUAUUAGUAACUAUGAAACAAUUUCUUCCAGACACAAAAUUUAAAAAAUAUGGGAUUGGGAGGUAAUAAAUCCAAAAAAUAAAAAUAGGUAUAUCUUAAUUUUUUUGAUAAUAUGUUUUUCCUAGACUUAAGUUGUUUAGUAAUUUCUAUAAACAGAGUAAUCCACCAUCAUUUCGCCAUUAAUAAUUUAUCUAACAGAAAGUAUUUUUUUUAAGUUAACAAAAUUUUAGUUAGAAUUUUGUACUAAAAAUGACUAAUUGAAAAUUGCUUGUAUUUUCUCCACUGUACAGCACUUAAGGGGAAAUCAAGUCAGCUUUGUCACGAAUUCGCCCAUUAGGUUGCCUAUCUUCCCAGUUCUUUCAAUCAACGCUAUUAUUUACUACGUAUUAUAGCUAUUGGCUAUUAUUACUACCACAGAUUAGGUAUCCUAUAAGUAUACAGAUAAAAAUCUUGUCCCAAAUUCGUGGUACGAAAAUUGU